AUGGCUUCCACAAGUAGAAGAUCUAUAAGUGGUUCAUACGGCAGAGACAAUGUAACGGGCGAAUCUUUUUGUGAGUGUGGUUUAAGAGCUCCGUUACAAGUCUCAAAUAGCAUUGCCAACCCGGGUAGAAAGUAUUAUGCCUGUCCUGUAAAACGAUGUGAAUGGUUUAAAUGGGCAGAUCCAAGUAUCCAACAUUCUGAAGUUGGAGAUGAUCGCUCUUGCCAACUGAAUUCCAAUUUGAAGUCGAUCGAACGAGAUAAAAAUCUGCAUACUAAUGUUAUGUUUCUGAAAUUGUUAGCGUUCCUUCGACUUGUUGUUUCUAUAGUCUGUAUUGUACUGGUCAUAAUAUUGUUGUUUAAGUUGUAG